AUGGAGCUCGAAAUAUGGAAUAUGGAGGCAGAAAAUGUGUCGGAUUUCCAUCGAUUUUUUUUGGAGCUAUCCCCACAACUGAAACGUUGCUUCUCAAAUUGUGCAGUCUUUCCAAGAAAUGCAGUCAUAAAUGUCGACCAACUUAUCAGGUUGUGGGCAGCUGAAGAUCUGCUCAAAGAUUCAGUUCAUAAAGAUAAAGUAACCAGUUGCAAAAUGGAAGAUGUAGUUCAUAUCCACGCGCGAUAUAUAGCUCGCAAUCAUCUUCCAUGGCUUCGCGGAUUCAAAAUCCAUGGUCCUUCAGUCCUGGAAAACAAACUUGGGAGUAGUUUUCUCAACAUCUCUGCUCAUCAAGCUCCUAUGGAAGAUUUGUUUAAAUAUUUGAAAUACGUGAAGGCAUUGAUAUCCGUUUAUGUCACUCUCUCUCGAGCUUUCCUCGAAAGGUUGCAGACCUUCAGAGACAUCUUAGGAUUAAUCAUAAGGCAGAUGAGUUACAAACUUUGCCCGAAGAGUUCAAAGAGAUUGACAUCAAUUCGAACCCUGGAUGUCUUUCGUGCCGGUGGUAGGUACAAUGAUGUUGAGAAGAUAAAAGAGCUUAAUUAUCUUGAAGAAAUACGCAUUUCGAUCCAUGGGGAAGUGAAUCUUCUUGAAGCAAACUUAGAAAGAAAAGUUAAGAUGGAAAAUCUGGAACUGUGUUUCUUAGGCGAUGGCCGCGAUCCAGAGAAAUCCAAAUCGAUUGAGGAACUUCAGCCACCUCCAAACUUGAAAAUGCUUAAGCUUGAGGAUUAUCUAGGGAGCUGCCAAAGUGGAUUUUGGAAUCCAAAAACAAUUGGUAGUGGUGUCCGGAUUGAAGACAAUGAUGAUCCUGAGGAAGAGGAAGAGGAGGAGGAAAUCAUUGAGUCAACUGAACAUGAGGAAAUCAGUGAUGCAAGUGAUCAAGAUGAGAAAAUCAGUGAUCAGUUACAAAGCCGAUGUCGUCGUAAGUAUGCCGGAUUUCCAAAAUUAAAGACGUUACGGGUGGAGUAUCUGGAGCAUUGGUAA